AUGUCGAUACCUUUGCCUCCUUCUUCUCCAUCAGCAAGACAAUUGAGGCAGCCCUCUCCAACAUCGCCUUCUUAUUCAGAACACCAGUACAAAAGAACACUGCUGGACGAUGUAAAGAACUGGUCUGAGCAGAGAGUGACGGAUUGGCUUUGUAACCAAGCGUUGGGUCGUUUCAGCCAAAAGUUUAUAGAACAUAACAUCACGGGCUCAGUGCUGCUCGACCUGGAUUAUGAGGCAUUUAAAGCCAUGGACAUCAAAACAGUGGGCGAGAGAGUGCGCCUUGUUGCUGCCAUCAAGGCACUGCGACAAGAAUGCUAUCUAGCCGCCUCUUUAGCCGCACGAACCCCUACCAGAACACACACACCCUUAGAAAGACACGCCAAUGGCAGUAAUAUUGAACCCAAACAGCAUGAAGGGCUCCAUGUGAAUGAAAGUUUCGCAUCCACACCGACGAAUGCGAAUUCAAAGAUCUCCAAAUCAACAGAAACAAGUGCCAAAAGCUUACUGAACAGAUCCAAUUCAUUCUCCAGAUUCCUGGGCAGAUCAGACUCGAAACGACCACAGAGAGCGCACAACAAUAGCAAUGCCAAUGUUUCCAAUCUGCAAUCUUCGCAACAAAGCUCACUACAAAGCCAACAACAAAACUCAGAUGUAUACUCACAAGCACCAUCCAGUCCACGAACACUACAAAAGAGAAAUUCAUUAGAGGGAGGCAUCAUGUCCAUGGAAAAAGUAAAGCAGACAUGUGUAAAAGUGUUUGGUGAAGAUGGACAAACGCGUAUUGUCAAUGUGCACACAGCAAACGAAGCCAAGCAAAUCAUGGGAAAGGUGCUGCACAAAUUCGGUAUUGAUGAGAGCAAUGCAGACAGCUACUGUAUCUUUGUUGGUUCCAGCACAAAUGGAGAAGCGCGCGCUUUAUCAGAUUUGGAACUGAUCGAGAUAUGUCGAUCAGCCGACAGACCAGAAAAAGAGAGACUGAUUCUACGCAAACGGCACAUGUAUCCUACACACGAAGAGUUCAAGCGCAAAGGAACCAUCAAUGCCAAUCGACGAGGAUUCAGAAAAGACGAUGACCAGCACCAGAAACCUCAUUCGCCCUUGCACAACAAUUGGAACUCCAGCUCGAGCACAUUGAACCGGCCUGAUUACUAUUCAAGUCGUGUGAGUCAAGUUGGAUCAUUGAGAUCAAACACAACCAGCAGCCAUAGCAGCAGCACCCGUGGCCAGGGACGUAGACGCUUCUUUGGUGAACGUCCACCAUCUGAGAUCAUUUCAUCCAAUCUGCAAUCGUUCUUUCCAAAUCACAAUCGCGAAGUGUUAGAAACAGCGGGUAUCAAAGCACAGCGACUAUCAAUGACUCGCAGAAAUUCAGCGCUGAGUCGAUUGGAGCCUCGCAAUUAUCGAAACAGUGUUUUACCUGAAUUAGUGUCUGUUUUGGGUGUCGAUUUGGAUAAGUUUCUGGAAGAGGAGGAAGAUCAAGAGGAUGUGCUCGGCAGUGACAUUAGCAGCGACAGUAGUAGUAGCAGUGGAAGUUGCAUUUCGAGCGACCAUGAAGAGUCGAUAGCAGAGACAAAGCACAUAAAAAGCGAUACCCAUUUGCAGCCAUCUGACGAAGGAGAUGUGCUUCCAAGUGCCUCAAUUGACAAAGAUGCUGCAAAGGAUUUGCUGGACCAACAGAAAAAAGCAAAUCAAAGAAGAACUUCCAGCCUGAAUUAUCUGAAUGAGCUGAAAUCUUUCAAAUUAGAUGAAAUUAAAAAAGAAACCGUGAAAGAGAAAGAAGCUGCAUCAGAGACAACCAUUCCUGCCAUCAAAGAGACUGUCACUACCCCUACUUCCGCCACCAAAUCAAAACUGUUACCAGAUACCUGGAUGAAAGGGUCUCUCAUUGGUCGUGGCACAUUUGGCGAUGUUUAUUUGGGUCUGAAUCCGAUCAGUGGUGAAUUGAUGGCGGUCAAACAAGUUGAAUUGCCAGUCGAAAAUUCAGCUACAGAGGAACGAAAGAAAUCCAUGGUUCAAGCACUUCACAGAGAGAUUGAGCUAUUGCGUGAACUGGAGCAUGAUAAUAUCGUGCAGUAUUUGGGUUCAAAGGAAGAUGAAUCCUACUUUAGCAUUUUCUUGGAGUAUGUGCCAGGUGGUUCUGUCGCUGGUCUUCUCUCCAGUUACGGCGCUUUUCAGGAACCGUUGGUAAAGAGUUUUGUGCGCCAAAUUCUCAAGGGUUUGAACUACCUACAUAACAAGGAUAUUGUGCAUCGCGAUAUAAAGGGAGCCAAUGUACUGGUGGAUAACAAGGGAGGUGUCAAAAUUACAGAUUUUGGUAUCUCUAAAAAGGUGGAAGAAGAUAUCAUCUUACAAGGACAAAGCGCUUCUGCUGCACAUCGACCGAGCUUGCAAGGGUCUAUUUACUGGAUGGCUCCUGAGGUGGUGAAGCAAACGCAUUACACACGAAAAGCUGAUAUAUGGUCUUUGGGAUGCAUGGUAGUGGAAAUGCUGACCGGUGAUCAUCCAUUCCCAGAGUAUUCACAGAUGCAAGCUAUAUUCCAGAUUGGAUGCUAUACCGCUCCUAAUAUUCCAGCUAAUUUGAGUGAGGAUGCUCAAGACUUUUUAAGGUGCACUUUUCAACUAAAUCAUGAAGAAAGGCCUUCAGCGGAUGAACUCUUGAAACAUUCUUUUCUGCAUGAGAGUCCAGAAGAUGGAUACAACGAUGCAUCAUCCAUAUCCACAUAA